AUGCCAGCGCCGCUCCCUCCAAGACUCAGUCACAAGCCAGUGCUUCGACUACACCUGGAUGAUGUCACCCACGCUGCCGCCCAGAUUGCUUGCUCCUCACUGGACUCAGGCUUGUAUCUGGAGCGCGCCAUUGAGCAUGUCGUCAACCAUUUGUAUGAUCACCACGGUGCGAGCAAGAUCCCCAAAGUAAGGUCGGUCACCGUGGUGCUCAGAUCCAUGGGCGGGGUCGCCUACACGACCGGGCUGCCACUGGAUGAUCUUCACAAGGAGAUCCAUCUGUCGCUAGACUACGUGCGGAGCGUACACUCAGCAAACCCGUCAAGGAUUCGCCUUGAGAUCGCUGGCGUAGUCACCCAUGAAAUGGUCCACUGCUUUCAGAAUAAUUGCCAAGGGACUGCCCCAGGAGGUCUGAUUGAGGGUAUCGCAGACUUUGUUCGGCUCAAGGCUGGCCUAGCCCCACCGCAUUGGAAUGGAACCCCAGAAAACAGAGGCAAAAAAUGGGACGAAGGUUAUCAAAAGACCGCAUGGUUUUUGGAGUGGCUGGAGGAACGUCAUGGUCCGGGCAGCAUCAGCCGCAUGAACCAAACGAUGGCGAUGGGACCAUAUGAUGAGAACAAAUUCUGGCAUAGCCUUUUCGGUCAAUCUGUUGAGGAAUUGUGGAGUCAGUACAAAGCAACAUGGAUGGCUCAUGAUCAAGAUGAUUCUUCCGGCUACUAUGCACGUGAGCCGAGUGCCGCGGGGUCGGAAGCUGAGAUGGUCAAUUUGAAUGAACAGGAGAAAGAGGAAGCCAUCAAAGAAGAAAGGAGAGUUCAAGAAUUUUUUGCAUAG